AUGGAAGAUCUCAGAUUGGAGGAGGAUGAGUACCUCAGCUUUUGGGUCACAUACAACGCUGGAAUCGAGCAUCUUGCUCUUGUGACCCCCGAGGACAAGUCUGAGAACGCACAAUCACCAGCCAAAGACGCUGGAGCUGGCAACGAAAAUGUCCAAGACCUCAACAAUCAUGGACUCGGGAUUGACCUUCACGACGAUGUCACCGAAAAGGAGAAUAAGGGAUUCCCAAUCCCGGACGGAGUCAACCCAGCGACUGAGAACGAGAAUGUUCAAGUCCCAGUGGAGACUGACACUGUAUCCGAAGAUAGAGGUGGGGUCCCAGUUGAAUCUGCUGCACCUGAAGGUCCAAUGACACGCGAGGAAAUCAUUUUGAAGUGGCUAUCUGGCCUUGGACAUGACCCUGACCCAUUCUUCAGUGUGGACGACAGGAGCCCUCAAGAGCUUGAUUGGGGAGAGCGCGAUAUAGUGGCACAGGAAUGGGGCCAGGGCUGGGCCCGCACUCGACGAGCAACUGGGGUCCCUCGCCAGAUUCCAAACUAUCGCUUCUUUGACUACACAAGCGGCACGUACACCGACCUGCACGGGGCUCCGCCGCCUCUGUAG